UCCACUUCCAGUCUCAUUUGUGGGUUCUCUCUUGUACCUGAGGUAGCUAGCCUGUCGACCGGCGCCGGUCGCGACAUGGACAUGGGGAGGGGGAUGGGGAUGGGGAUGGGGAGGGGGAUGGACAGGGAGGAGGGGCUCAACCUCAGCUUGUCACUGCAGCGGUCGCCUUCGUCGCCGCCGAGGUUCCAGGCGGUGUUCGCCUGCUGCUACUGCCCCAGGAAGUUCAGGAGCUCUCAGGCUCUCGGCGGCCACCAGAACGCGCACAAAGUCCAGCGCAACCUGGCCAGGCGAGGCCGGGACGCCACCACCGCGCUGUCGUUGGCGGCAGCAGGAGAGCAAGGUAAGGCCGCCGUCGAUGACGACAGCGCUCCGCUGCGCCUAGCGGACCCUGACGCCGCCGACGCGUGGGGAGGAGGGAGGGUCUACCCUCCUCAUCGCCAGCAGGGCUCGGGAGCAGCCUCGUCCGGUGCGGCAAGAGGCAACGAAGAGCUUGCGGAUGAGAUGAUUGACCUGUCCCUGAAGCUAUGAUCGCUCGAUGCAGGAGCAUGGGCUAGCUAGCUUGGCCCGAGCGGCUUGAAGUUCCCCUCUUCCAUUUGUUUCAUUUCUGCGCGUCAUUUCUUGUGUGUGUUUCUGCUAUCGCUUAUCAGGUUAAUUAUUGUUGUUGGCUGGGGCUUGAAACUGUACUCGAUCUUUAGGUAUCUCCAUGCAUGGAUUAUUACCUACACUGAUCAGAAGCCUUUUAUUGAACUGUUUGCAGUAAUCUACUAGUUCUUGCCUGUAAA